UUCCUAAGCAUGUUUUAAGCGCAUCCGUUUCUCUCCACUGCAUGCUAUGCACUCCGCUGCUUUGGGCUGAAAAGGAGUCCAGGGUUAACAGACCAUGGCCUUAAGAGGAAAGGAAUAACCGGGUCUGAAGGGUCAGACUUUGUUCUGGGCGGACCAUGCCAUGCUCGCUCCAGGGAGGCCUCCAGAGAGUCUUAGCAUGGACGACUCUGGGUUCGAACUUCGGCCUGCCCUGCCUGAAGAGGUGGAGGUCGGCUGUGGACCUGGAGAUCUCCUACGAAGCGGAUGGUCUCUGCCCGAGGCGCAUCAAAUUCUGGCGUUCUCCCUAGAGGCAGAUCAGUCCUCUGGCGCAUUCGUUCAGGUGGAAGAGGAGAAAGUUCCGAAAGAGAGACUUGCGCCUAGUCUCUCGCGACAGUCGGGUGCCAGCGGGCAGGGUUGAUGCUCAGGUCUGCUGCAAAGAUUAAGGACUGAGUCAAAAACAGAUCAAGAUGCAAUCAAUUGCAAUCAAAAUCUCACAAGACAGGUCAGGCCCUGACAAGAUGGUAUAGGGCGGGCAAUCUUUGGAACGUCGCUGAAUGUCGCAGCGAAUAUUGGCCUUGAGAAACAUGAAGGAAAGGAAGGUGGCAAUGAAGCAACGGGUGUGCUGGGUGCAUGAGGGAGAGUCCUACGAGCCUGAGUUCGACCCUGUCCUCCUGAUUUGCUGACCACGACACGAUGCGCAAAAAUAUCGGGAGAGAUUCCAAUCCUGAUUCUUUCCGUGACUCAAUUCGCAGUGCUUCAAGCAGAUUGACAUCAGCUUUCAGGGCCUUCACUGCGCAGGCUGUGGACUCCAAGCAUUGUGAAGCCCAGAUUUUCAAGCCACCGCGCCCGGUUCCUGAGAUUUGC